AGCAAGAUCAGCAGAUCGGUGGCGCUCUCUCGUCGCAUGACCGCGUCCGCCCUCCUCCUGCUCUUCCUCCUCGUCGCCACAGAGAUCGGGGCGACGAGGACCAAGGUGGCGGAGGCGCGGGACUGCCUGUCGCAGAGCCACAAGUUCAAGGGCGCGUGUCUCAGCAGCAGCAACUGCGCCGGCGUGUGCCGCACCGAGAACUUCCCCGACGGCGAGUGCCACACGCACAACUUCGCGCGCAAGUGCUUCUGCAAGAGGGCCUGCUAGCCCGCCUGCUCGACCCGGCCGGCCACCGCCGCCUCGUCCCAUGGUAGCUACCCAGCCACUAGAUCGUCCGUGCCGUCUGCUAGAUCUGUUCGUCAGUGCGUUCCGGUUCGUCAGUAGUAGCUGUUCGUGUGUCUGUGUGCCGUAAUAAAGUAGGAAAUCAACCGGGGUCUCGGUAGUUUGGUUCGCCGCACGUCGUGUUUGUGUCUGCUUUGUGUGGUAAUGUAAUCGUUGUUUCAGCACGGACGGACGUGUGCAAUGCA